AUGGCUGGAAUUUUGGGGUCACACUCUUCAGUCUUCAUGAUUCAUGCUCAUGAAAAGAAAGAGAAGCAAGUGAUACGAGAGAAGUUGAACUACAUUAAUUUGGUCUGUUUCAGUUUGGGCCCAAAGGCUUUACACGGCCGAGUUAGAAGUGCCGUGACUCUUUUGCCCUUCCAUUCUCUGCCUUUUUACUUGAGUACCUCAGACAGGUGUUCGUCUCCUGUGGGACUCCGCGUGGCUCUGUUUCUUUGCUGCACGAACAGAGAGCAUAGAGAGUUCAAGAACGAUCGAGAGAGAGAGAGAGGUGAUAUUCAGAGGCUUUGCGUCUUUGUUCCAGAGAAGUACAGAGAGGUGAAGAACAACAAUAGGGAGAGAAGACCCAUUUCAAUUCGAUCCGUUUCGACUUCCGCUAAGCUACGCUCUCUUUGGUUAUGUUUUCAGUCAUGCAUCAAAGUUGCAAUGGACUUUGUCUCACCUGAAAAUAUCGGCGAGUGCUUUCACUUGACAGAAGCAUUCCGCACACUUCCGGAAAAUCAUAGGGCUAAAGCGGACAAAUUGGAGGAACUGGGGAGUUUGGUUUCUCUGAAAUGGCAUUGGCUGAAUCAUACGCUGAACAAAUGGAUUUACCAGAGUUAGGUUAUGAAUAUCGAGCCAUCGUUGGGAUACCUUCAGAGCAGUUUAAACAUCUUAUCAUACAUCUGCACUACUUUGAGGAUCUGGUACUUACAUCUGCACUACAUUCAAUUUGGAGUUUAUAAUAUUUCCAGGUAAGUUUUUCUAAGUAAAGAGACCAAAGGUUAAAACACUAUUGCAGAUGAUGCUUUACACUUGAUCUCUGAACUUUAGGUAAGUUCAAUGUUGACAAGCUAUUAACUGAUGCAAUUUUAUUUGUAUAUCUUUUCACACUUUCCUCUUUAUUAGUAGCACAGGGGAAAACUGUGAAUUUUUCAAAAUUUUGUAACAUUGUUAAAACACAAUUGCAUCCUUUCAAAAAAAAAAAAAAAAAAA